CUUUAACUUUAGGAAUUGGACGCACAAAGCCACAAAAAAACACACACAAAGUCUCUGUUUUACCUUUUAACCCUUUCAAGAAUCCUUCCUUUAACUUCAGUGCCCCCUCUUAUUAUUACUUUUCCUAUCUCUCUCUCUUCUUCUCUUCCUCUGUUUCUUCGCCAUUCCCCUCAGCUUUUCUCGCCUUUGUCAGGUAAAGAGAUACGAUGAGCACAGCGCCCAUGUACCUCUCCCCUCUUAUAUCUUUCUAUUUUUUCGAAACUUUGCAUGCCAAGAAGAUUGUUUAGGUCAUAGAGUUUAGCUUUCGUAUUUGGUUUAGUAAGUUUAUAUGUUUUGUGUAUUGUUGGUUGUUGUAAUAUAGUGAGAAUUAAAGACUAUAUAUGUCAAGUGAAACUUAAAAGAAGAUUCUAUAUAUGUAUGUGUUAAAGAGUGAAUGGAGCUGUGGACAGAAGCUAGAGCCCUAAAGGCAAGUCUACGAGGAGAAUCUACUACAUCUCUCAAGCAUCAUCAAGUGAUUGUCUCCGAAGAUUUAAGCCGUACUUCUUCUUUGCCGGAAGAUUUCUCCGUUGAGUGUUUCCUCGAUUUCUCAGAAGGUCAACUCAAAGAAGAAGAAGAAGAAGAACUUGUCUCUCUUUCUUCCUCACAAGAAGAACAAGAACAAGAACGAGAUUGUUGUAUCUUCAGUUCACAACCUUGUACCUUUGAUCAACUUCCUUCUUUGCCGGAUGAAGAUGUGGAAGAGCUUGAAUGGGUAUCUCGUGUUGUGGAUGAUUGUUCUUCACCAGAAGUUUCACUUCUCUUCACACAAACCCACAAAACCAAACCAAGCUUCUCAUCUCGAAUUCCGGUUAAACCAAGAACCAAGCGGUCUAGGAACAGUCUAACGGGAGGUCGUGUUUGGCCACUCGUUUCAACCAAUCAUCAACAGCAACAUGCAGCAACAGAGAAGUGGAGGAAGAAGAAACAAGAAACGGCCGUUGUGUUUCAACGAAGAUGCAGCCAUUGUGGCACUAACAACACCCCACAGUGGAGAACCGGUCCGGUUGGUCCCAAAACCUUAUGUAAUGCAUGUGGAGUCCGGUUUAAGUCCGGACGGCUCUGUCCGGAGUACAGACCGGCGGACAGUCCGACGUUCUCUAAUGAGAUCCACUCGAAUCUUCACAGGAAGGUUCUGGAACUGAGAAAGAGUAAAGAGUUGGGUGAAGAAACAGGUGAAGCUAGUAAAUCAGACCAGGUCAAAUUUGGCAGCAAGUGGUAGAUAAGACUUAGGUAAAACCUACUUUUUUGUAACAUUAUCUCUAGUGUUGUAAGUUAACAACUUGCUUCAUAACAAUUGAAGCUGUUUCAGGAAUUAGUCUUUUAAAAAAACAAAGUUUUCUGUAAACAAAAUUAUGUUGUUUUUUUAAAAAAUGAUGUAAGACCA